CGCCCUCGCCGUCCUGUUUUUUAUGGGCAGGCGUCCGCGGUUGAGGACUGGAGAGCUGGGUAUAUGGGAAACCCGAUUCCAGGUCAGCUUUCUGAGGCCGACGAUCUGCAUCUAUGACCAAACCCUCAGAGUGAUUGGCCUUCCUUGAGGUCCACCCCAGAAUCAUCGGUGGAGGACCUCUCCAUCCACAAAGCCAGCACUGGAAGUAUGGGUACCCAGCUUCUGAGUUCAGGACAGAAUGAUUAACUUGGCGGAACUGUGAGAUCCAGGGAGCUUCGCAAGCUACUCAGGAUCACCAGACUUGAAAGGGUCCAGAAGAACUCAGGAGGAUGCCCCUCUUCUUUCGGAAGCGGAAACCGAGUGAGGAGGCUCGGAAGCGCCUGGAGUACCAGAUGUGUCUGGCAAAAGAAGCCGGGGCAGAUGACAUUCUUGAUAUCUCUAAAUGUGAACUCACUGAGAUCCCAUUUGGGGCCUUUGCAACAUGCAAAGUUCUGCAGAAAAAGGUGUUGAUCGUGCAUACAAACCAUCUCACCUCCCUGCUUCCCAAAUCCUGCAACCUCUCGAGCCUUACCACCAUCAAGGUUUUGGAUCUCCAUGACAACCAGCUGACAGCCCUUCCUGAUGACAUGGGGCAGCUGACAGCCCUGCAGGUAUUGAAUGUGGAAAGGAAUCAACUGAUGCAUCUGCCACGCUCUAUUGGGAACCUGCUUCAGCUCCAGACCCUUAAUGUGAAAGACAACAAGCUGAAGGAGCUUCCUGACACCCUGGGGGAGCUGCGAAGCCUGCGUACCCUUGACAUCAGUGAAAAUGAGAUUCAGAGACUGCCCCAGAUGUUGGCGCACGUGCGGACCCUGGAGACGCUGAGCCUCGACGCCUUGUCCAUGGUCUAUCCCCCACCAGAGGUGUGUGGCGCCGGCACUGCGGCCGUACAGCAGUUCCUUUGCAAAGAGUCAGGCCUGGAGUACUACCCACCUUCUCAGUACCUACUGCCAGUCCUGGAGCAGGAUGGAGCUGAGAACUGCCAGGACAGCCCCGAUGGACCCAUAAGCAGGUUCUCCAGGGAGGAUGCUGAGUGGCAGAAUCGGUUUUCUGACUAUGAAAAGAGAAAGGAGCAGAAGAUGCUGGAGAAGCUGGAGUUCGAGCGGCGCCUGGACCUUGGGCAGCGGGAGCAUGCUGAGCUGCUACAGCAGAGCCACAGCCACAAGGACGAGAUCCUGCAGACGGUCAAGCAGGAGCAGACACGGCUAGAGCAGGGCCUGAGUGAGCGCCAGCGCUGCCUGGAUGCGGAGCGGCAGCAGCUGCAGGAGCAGCUGAAGCAGACAGAGCAGAGCAUCUCCAGCCGAAUUCAGAGACUGCUGCAGGACAAUCAGAGGCAAAAGAAGAGCUCUGAGAUUCUGAAAUCACUGGAAAAUGAGAGAAUAAGAAUGGAGCAGUUGAUGUCCAUAACCCAGGAGGAGACGGAGAACCUGAGGCAGCGUGAGAUCGCCUCCGCCAUGCAGCAGAUGCUGACUGAGAGCUGUAAGAGCCGGCUCAUCCAGAUGGCCUACGAGUCUCAGAGGCAGAGCCUGGCCCAGCAGGCCUGUUCCAGCAUGGCUGAAAUGGACAAGCGCUUCCAGCAGAUUCUGUCCUGGCAGCAGAUGGACCAGAACAAAGCCAUCAGCCAGAUCCUUCAGGAGAGUGUGAUGCAGAAGGCGGCAUUCGAGGCUCUCCAGAUGAAGAAAGAUCUGAUGCAUCGGCAGAUCAGGAACCAGAUUAGGCUAAUAGAAACUGAGUUACUGCAGCUGACACAGCUGGAGUUAAAGAGGAAGUCCCUGGACACAGAGACGCUUCAGGAGAUGGUCUCGGAGCAGCGCUGGGCACUCAGCAACCUGCUCCAGCAGCUCCUCAAAGAGAAGCAGCAGCGGGAAGAAGAACUGCGUGGCAUCCUGGCGGAAUUAGAAGCCAAGAGUGAAACAAAGCAGGAAAAUUACUGGCUCAUCCAAUACCAACGGCUUUUGAACCAGAAGCCUUUGUCCUUAAAGCUGCAGGAAGAAGGCAUGGAGCGGCAGCUGGUGGCCCUGCUGGUAGAGCUGUCUGCCGAGCACUACCUGCCCAUCUUCGCCCACCACCGCAUCUCACUGGACAUGCUGAGCCGAAUGAGCCCUGAGGACCUGGCUAAGGUGGGCGUCUCGGAAGCAGGCCUACAACACGAGAUCCUACGGAGAGCCCGGGACCUGCUGGAUGUGGCCAGGGUCCAACCAGAGCUGAAACUACCCACGAAUGAGGUCCCUGGUGUCCUGGAGCCUUCUGCAGCCCCUGAGUCAGUGAGACCGUCGGCACCCCCGGCAGAACUGGACAUGCCAACCUCCGAGUGCGUCGUGUGCCUGGAACGUGAGGCCCAGAUGGUCUUCCUCACCUGUGGCCACGUCUGCUGCUGCCAGCAGUGCUGCCAGCCGCUGCGCACCUGCCCGCUGUGCCGCCAGGAGAUCGCCCAGCGCCUCCGGAUCUACCACAGCAGCUGAGCGCACAGCCGCCCACCAGCCCUGGCCCUCUCUUGCCACCAUCUUCAUCCCUGCUGGACUCCAUCUACCCACAUCCCCCAGACUAGAGCAAGACUGCUAUAGGCCCCUUGCCACCACCUGCCACCCCUCCCCCCACUGCCGUGAGCUCUGGGCAGGCAGGUGGGGUAUUCCUAGCUAUUCUGAACAGUGAACGAGAGACAGGGCA